GUGGCGACCUGACGAACAUAAAUAUCUAAGGACUCUGACAGCUAUUUCUCGACGAGCAUAUUAAUUCUGCUGCAUGCGGCGUAUUGCAUUUAUGACGUAUCCGAUAUAAAGAAGGUGAAUUUUUCGCGUAGCUCAUGGAUACGGUGGCAUUGGUGCAACAGCAACAGCAAGCGCUCGACGGUGAUCACCAGAGUAAAAGAGAGCAGGAUCACGUGAAUAGUACUGUUGCGUUUGCCGAAAGUCACGCGGUCGUCAGGUUUUCCGGCGAGACUGAGCGGUCGGCGAGGGAAACCACGGUCGUCGCUCCGGGCAAUGGUAGCAUUGGAGUUUCCUCUACACAGUGUAGUGACGUAAACGACGACGACGAGGAAGAAGAGACGGAUGUCGAAGAAGGCGGCGCGGGCGGAUGGAUCACGAAUCUGCCGGUAUCGUCGACCAUCGUUCAGCAGCAACCAGCGUUCGCCACCACGAAUGGGGACGUCGUUCUACCGAACGCUGAUCAGCCGAUUUUUGGCGAUGUCCGCGUGAAGGACUCGACGAAUGUGCAUCUUGUUAACCAGACCUGCUACAAUGGUCCUAUUACUUUAAAGCAGCAGUUUGUUUACACGAAUCCUACUCCGAAUCAGGAUGCGAGCCGCGCCUCCAACAAUACAUCGGAUUUAUCGACGAGUAAAGACAACGGAGCUCCAAACGGAUGCAUCUUUCCGCAAAAUACUAAAUUAAAUAAAGUGACGCAAUGGCUCUGGACGUGGAAAUGGCAUACGGCUUUAUCGUGCGUUCUAGCUUUAAUACUUCUGGGUAUUAUAGUGUUUAUAACUGUACAUUUUACACAUCAAUCUGACGUAUCUCCCGCACCGUCCGAACCGACCACACGGUUUACAUGGACCAUACCACCCGCAACACCCACACCAACCACACCGAAAAUUCCAAACUCGUCUACCGAGGGUAAUAACGGGACAGAGACUCCUUUUCGCCUUGUCGAGAGGAAUGAAUGGGGUGCACGGCCACCUUCGGAACCCCUAAGAAAAAUGAAGCUGCCAGUACCACAUGUAAUUAUUUGUCACACUGCGACAGCAUUCUGUACCACGCAAUCAGAGUGCGCAAACAAAUUGAGAAUUAUCCAGAAUAAUCAGAUAAAAAAUGAUUAUGCGGAUAUCGCCUACAAUUUCAUGGUCGGAGGCGACGGCCUCGCAUAUGUUGGCAGAAACUGGAAUUACGUCGGUGGCCAUUCAGGAGAAUAUAACGGCAAAAGUAUCGGUAUUGCGUUUAUCGGUGAUUUCACUUCGGUUGUACCGCCGAAAACGCAAUUAAAUGCCGCGCAAAAGCUCAUAGAGUUAGGCAGAGGAGCCGGAAAAAUUGCGCCUGACUAUAAAUUGUUAGGUCACCGACAAGCUGUGAAGACUAAGAGUCCUGGAGAUGCCUUAUAUAAUGAAAUUAAAAAGUGGCCCUAUUGGUCAUCCCAGCCUAGACCUUAAAGGUUCCUGCUAGCUCGAUUGCCAAAAGUCCGCUUUGACAAUAUACACACGGUGUUACACCAAAAUUGUGAACUAAAAGGCGCGAAAAAUGACAUUAAAAAACUGAAUUAGUUUUGUGACCUAUAGCGCAUUUUUCGUUUCAAUGCAGUGUUUUUUUUUUAUUUAAAAUAAUUGUAGUGUUAAAAUAUACCGAAGGCUACUA